UUAAUUACGGCUACAUAUGCUGAAAAAUUUGAACCAUUUUAUGUUAAAGUCACAUCUUAUCUCACUGUAAACGGAGGUAUGGCGAUAAAUUUACAAACUGCUUCAGUAUAUAUCUUUGCUAAUGUGGUUGUUAGGUAAACAAGUGGUUUACCCGUAUAUGGUUAAAAUAUAUUACGCCUUACAUAGAUACAUAUCAAGAAACACUAUUUUGUGCAAUUUUGUCAGCAAAUGAAGGAUAAUUUGUGCAUUUCUGCAAGCUAUGGGGAAUUUGGCAGAGGAUCUUGCCAUUAUGUUAAUCAUAUGCGCUCAUCAAAGAGCAGUAACUUUGGCAAAACCAUGCAGCUUGAAGAACAGCACUGCAACCGGUAGCUUGAAUGAACGCUGUGAAGAGUCAGUGAUUCCCAAAGAUAAUGGAGACCUCAAGACCGAAGGCGAUGACCCUGAAGAUAUUUCUGGAAUAGCGAGCCAUACUGUGUACACGAUAGUGGUAGUUUUCGGCGUUGUACUGAUACCACUAGUCGUACUUACAAGAAUAUGUUGGCUUAGGAAGCUUCAGAGGCAGAGAAACGAAACUAUAAAUGAAGUGAGGCAGAUUGUUGACCAGCGCUUCCAGGAAGAACAGAGAAGAAGAAGUGGAAUUUUCAGCAUAGAUCUGUCAACUGUACCUUUCGAAGAUAUAUUUGGAAAGCUUCCAUCAUACCAAGAAAGUCUUGCAAAUCCUUGCACUGGGAGUCCCCCACCAUAUGAUCAUCCACCAUGUUACAAAGAAAAGGAAUCGGAUGAAAAUGACAAUAUUACGAGUGAUAGUACUAGAGAACAAGACCAAGUUCCUUCGACAAGCUCAGAUAGUUAAGAUGUACUACAGAUGAGCGUAUAUGGUUAAGACAUAUUUAUAAGCACAAACGACUUAAUUGCGCAUAUGAUAUCAAAUGACCGAGAUGUUUGCAUUUCUUAGGUUUUCUUAUGAGCUCAAGUGUUUAAGAUUUGUUUUAUAGCUCAAAUGGCCGAGUUAAAGAUUAGUUUUUGAGUUUAAAUUGGUCAGAGUGGCCUAUGAGCUCCAUGACAACGAAGCCCAUUAUAUUUUGAUCUCAGAUAAAUGAAAGAGAUAUAUAUUGAUAAGCUGAGUGCAUUAGUGAAUUUUAGUUUAGUAGAAGUGUAACUGUCUGGGAGUUAUAUAUAAACUUAUCAAGUCUUGCGAGCUCAAAAGAGUGCAAUUGAGACCAUAGGCAGAGGUUUGCUUAUAAGCUUAAAAUGGUAAAUUUGCUAUAAUAGAGGAAUGUGUGCUUACGUGAGAGAUAGGUGACUUGUACAUAUAAGCUCAAAACAAAAGAAUGAGAUUUGACUGGUAAAUGUGAACUGACUGUUGUAGAAAAUCUUACACAGACACUGUUAAGAGGUGAAUAGUCAUUAAGAAAAUAAAGGAAAUAUAAAAUAAAAACAUAAUGGCGCACAUAAA